AUGAUUAAAGUGAUAGGUAUUGUUGUACUUUCGAUAUUUGGCAUCUUCACGACGUUGCUAUUCAGUUGUCAUCUCUAUUUUGGAGCGUUUGAUUAUUUCAUAGAUUGCUGUUGCUGUUGUUUUCGUCGUAAAUCUACCGAUCAUACUACGGCGGAAACGACUCCCACGGCUACGGCAGCGGCUCCGUCGCGGCAUAGGCCUCCGCAAGCUGUUUAUCCUGACCUUGAAAAGGGUCGAAGCAAUGUUAAUGUUGGCAAUACUAGGGCUAAACCUUAUGUGACAAGUGGUGGAGGUGGUAGUAGGUAUAGUGGUGGUGGGUAUGGUGGCGAUGGAUAUAGUGGUGGGGGGUACCAUGGUGGUGGUUAUGGUGGAGGCGGUGGUGAUGGGGGAGGUGCGCAUGGAGGUGGUGGCGGAGAUGGGGGAGGUGGAGGGGGUGGAGGAGGAGACGGGGGAGGUGGCGGUGGAGAUGGAGGAGGGGGCGGCGGAGGGGGUGGUGGAGGCGGAGGAGGUGGCGGGGACUGA